AUGAGCCGAGCCGCCGCCGUGAAGCCCAUGCACCUCCCGUCCUUCGAGACCAUCCCGGAGCACUACUCGAUUCACGAGCAGCCUCCGUCCACAUGGACGGGCCCUCCGCCGAGCCGCCAUGCCACCACCUCCGCCUAUCCCAUGUACCCGGGCCUGCAGACACCUUCGGCGGACAGGAAGAGGAGCGCGGAUUCCAUGCCGGCCACGCUGAACCGGCCUAGACGGCUAUCUGGAAGCGUCAACUCAUCGCCGUCCAAGAUUCGGCCUCGAGAGGUCGCCCCCACGAGAAUACGCACUCCUUCUUGGAGCCCCAUGCCGAGCACCCACGGCCCCGAAUUCGUCGAUCCCAGUGGCUGGAGGUCCAGCAUGGUCGCCCCUCAUCGGCCUGCGCCGAUUAAGCAUCUGCGGGCGCGGGCGAGGCCUGAGGACAUGGUUUCACUCCUGCCGGACGAGGUCCUCGAGGUGGUACUCGAGAUGCUCAAGGAGCUGCAUCUCGACACUCGCAGCGAAAGCUGCGCGACCUGCUGGAUGCGCGAUGCCUGCAACGUCUCCUUGACGUCGCGGAAGUGGCUGAGAGUGGCUCGCCGAGCCCUCUACGAAGACGUCUUGCUCGUCGGAGCAGACUCGCUCGCCCACAAGAAACGCUUCAAGCUCACCCAGGGGUCCCGCAUGGCCAUGCUGCGACGAACUCUACGCGCCAACCCGACCCUCGCGAACCGCGUUCGCUCAUUAAAAGUGCCGCUCCCCGAGGCCGCGUUGACAGCAGCGACAUCGUCUGCCUCGAAGGGUCCCUCGGCCUUGGAACAGUACGAGGACAGCGUUGCUGCGCUCGUCAUGGCAUGCCCCAACCUGGAACGCCUGAGCGGCCCCAUAUUCACCUACAGUCACUCAUUUAGAAAGCUCUUUCACGCGCUGUCAACGCGCACCAAUUUCAAGGAUAUGACCUGGUUCAUUGAGCCGUCGAGGGAUGCUCUGGCAAGGCAGAGCCUGGAGAGUCUGAUGCAGUGCGAGCCAUCAAUGCCUGCGGGCCUAACGCCCGCUCAGGAGUUUUCUUUUCUCGAGCAUCACCGCCAAUGGACAAAAUUGACGAGUCUCACAAUUCACUGCACACCCGACGGGAGUCUCGGCCCAGAUACUCUCCUUGCGAGGACCCUCACUGUCUUGCCAUCGCUCCAGCACCUACAUCUGUCCAACCUUCCCGCAAACGCCUUCAGUGACACAAAUCUUUUGUCUCUGCCUCGCCUCAAGAGUCUGACUCUCUCCAACAUCCCCGGCAUCAGCUCCAACGGCCUCUCUAGCUUCGCCACGCGUGCCAACAGCCGGCCUCUCGAAAAGCUCACCAUUCGCCACGUGCCUCUGACAUCUCUGCCCGCCUUGGCUCGCAUCCUCUCCAUGUUGACCUCGCUCACGAACUUCGCUUUCGUCCAGUCGUUUCCCCCGCUCAUGCCCGAGACGGAUUCAUUCAUACUAUGGAUGAUGCCGUACCUCGCCUCUUCGAGCGUUUCAAAGUUGCAUUGGGACAUUACGAGCCAUCGCAGCUGCGUCAAUGCCGCAGAUGACAUCCUCGCGCGCAGCAUUGCGGCCGGCGGCUUCCCCGCCUUGAGAAGCUUGAGGGCGCCCAACGACCCGGAGGGCAUCUUUCAGGACCUCUGCCGUCCCGUCGACAGGAUAGACUUGCCAGGGGACCGCUUCCGCACCAUGUCCCUGUCCACAGGCUCCCUCAGCACGCCCAGCUCCCCGACCAAGCUUCUCAUCAAGUCGCCGACGACGAGCUCCCUGCCGGGCAUGCUCGCCAGCGUACCCAGCCCCUGCACCAGCCUCCACCACGCUCGCCUCGCCGCCCAGGCGCGCAUCGACAACGCCCGCGAGAACAGCGGCAACGCCGCCACAGCGUUCCGCUUCCAAGUCACCGUCCAGGAUGAGGACGGCCAUCUCGUCGACGAGUUCGGCCUAGGAAGCUACGUCGGCACCGUCGGGAGCAACAUCGAGUUGAACCUCGUGCCCGACCCUGGGUCUUCGGAUGACAAGGGCGGGCUCGUCGACGUUACGGACUUGGCGUCCGAUCUGGGAGAGGGACUUACCCCUAGCCGUAACGGCUGCGACGGGAGCUGGAACAGGAGAGAGGGCGUCGUCGCGGACAGGAGGGAGAAGGAGAGCUGGUGGCAUACCGAGAGGGGACGCUGGAGACGCGUGAGGCUCGACUGA